AUGUCUGUUUAAUCAUCUAUAAUGGACAGAAUAUCAAGUAUAUUUUCUUUUGGAUUUGGAGGAUAAAAACCAUAAUAGCAAUAGCCAUAAGAAAUCACUUAAAGCUAGAAAAAAUCUAAUAAGGCAAGCGAAAAUCUCUCUCUAAAAGAAAAAAAUUAAAAUAAAAAUAUAAACUAGGCUAAUGAGAUUAGAUAAAAGAGUCAGGAUUUAAUUCAGAUUUACCGAGAUACAAUUUAAGUGUGGAAUGACAUAAAAAGAUGUGAGCAUUUCCAUCCUUUAAUGAGAUACGAGUCAGUUAAAAAGAGAGUUCAUCGUUUGAUUAUGAUGUUUUUGAAUAUAUAUGGGAAUUCUGAAAAUAAUUCAGGGGUAUAAUGCUGCUAUGUAUAAGGUCUUGAUUCUAUUGCUGUUGUUCUAUAUACUUAAUAUCUCAAUUAUAGUAAGGAAUUUUAUGUUAUCAGCAUGCUUAAACAGAUAUUUACCAAUUUCUUGAAGCACUUCUUAGAUAAAGAAACUAAUAAUUUGAGUUUCAAGUAUCCAUGCAUACUAAUAUAAAGACUCCUCUCUUACUAUGAACCAGAACUCUAUCUUCAUUUUAAGCAAAUAGAGUUUUAACAUGAUAUGUAUCUUGUCUGUUGGGUAAUGACUUUGUUUGCACAUUCAAUUGAAAUUGAAAAAGUAGUGAAUAUCUGGACUGAACUCUUUUGCGAGAGAGUUGAAUUUCUAUUCUAUAUUACACUUGGUAUCCUUAAGUAAAUUAAGGACAAGCUACUCCUAUUAGAUUUAAAUAGCACUCUUGGAAUUAUUAAUAACAUCUAAGGAUUAAUUGAUAUUGAUAAUGUAUUACUGCAAGCAAAGAUUUAUAUGAACAAGACCCCACCUAGUUUCAUUCAGAGUGAUUUUGUGUUCGAUGCAAAGAGGUAAAUGUAAAAUAAUGCUGUUGAUAUGCUAAAGUAAAAUGAGUACUUUGCCUAAAGAUGGUGGGAGCUUGAAUAUCUCGAUUAUAGAGAUGAUAUUGAAGUAUGUCUAGUAUCAGCUGAUGAAAUUAUAAAUGUUCAAAAUCCAAAUUGGAAGAAAAACAAGUUAUUUAUUGAUGUGAGAGAAGAUUUUUCUGGAUUUUAUGGGUUGCAUAUGAAGGGUAGUUAUUAUAUGGAUGGAUCAAGUGAAGAAGGUGAUACUGAAUUUCAUAUCUAUGCUGAAUUUCUUCAACUUUUCCAGGAAACAUAACUUGAAACUGUGAUAGUAAUAAUUGGAGAGAGAGAUUAGAUAGGCCAUGAAUUUGCUCAGAAUAUCAUCAAAGAGACAUCUGGCUAACUUACUUAGGUAUGUGUAUUAAAAGGGGGUAUUGAUGCAAUAUGUCUUGAACAGCCGAAAUUGAUGAGAAAAGGAGGUAUAAAAGGGAAGAGUGAAACAUCUAAGGAUUUUAUCACAUAGUAUGAGAGAUUUAUAAAAAAGGCUAAAUAGUCUAAAUAAUUGUAAGCCUCCUAGAAGACUUUCAAUUGA